UGACAUCAGUCGUGGCGCGAUGAGCAACGUUCGCCAAGCUCGUGCUCGCGUUAUUCGUUUUUGUAUUGCGCGCAUUUUUUCAAUCAUAGUGGUAUAUUUUUCUAGAAUAUAAAGUUUGUAGGAAUAUAUUUGAAAAGUUUUAUAAUAGAUGAUACGGUAUCAUUAAAAUGAAAGGUGCCAAAUAUGAAACAGACUUACGAAAUGUGAUUAGAAAUGUAGAAGUAAGAUUUCUCAAUAUAUGAAUUUUACAAGAAGUGACAAAAUCGAACCUACGUUUUGUGUUAGAGGUGACGUUUAGAGUGACAAAUUAGAGAGAGAACCUAAGUUAUGCUCAGCAUGGAUUCUUGAGCGAGCUGCGAUCUUUCGAAUACGAGGUGCCAUUUCUUCAAUUUGAUUAUAUCACUCGAAGUGUUAUUUCUCAGGAAUAUCAGUUGUGGUAAUUACUGACAGUGUGAAAGAAACAAAGCUAAUAAGCCGGCAAGGGUUUAUUAAUUUGGCGCUCGUCCUCCUUGUUGGGAAAAACAGCUGCGAAAAGAAGUAUUGAUUCUCAGGGCAAUAGGAGACGCCCCACUGCAAGUAAUUACGCUCUCGGCAAUUUCAUCUGGACUUCCGUAGUAGUCGUCGUCGACAAUUCCGAACACGGAAGAAAUACUGCCACGGCGUCCGGAGCGCUAUCCGACCCUCCGGAAUCUGAAAGGGUGCUAUCAGUUAUCCGACGCCGUAAUGGAAACGUCGGGAUGGCGUCUCCGGAGGCAGGCGUACGCCAAAUCCUGCAGUACGCCCACUCACAGGACUCUUCGCAUCCUGGCCGAUUGCUUCCAUGGGCAGGUCGUGCAGGGUCUUGCGGCAUCCCGAGAAGAAGAGGAGGACUGCCCACUCUAUGACCCCGGGGGGACACCUGCCCUUCGUGAUCCGCCUUUGUUGUUACAUCAUGUGCUGCACGCUCGUACGCGCGCACGUGCUCUGGGGUGCCUCCCGAAGCAUCAUUCUCAGAUAGAGAGGAAAACAAAACCUGUUAAAACACUUAGAGAUGAAAAAGCUAGUUUUAGAAAAGUGACCGGCCUUGUACAGAUCAAGUAUUUGUGUGGAGACAGUUUGUUCAGCAGUAUAUGGAUUUAA